UGUGCGACGCUGUGCGUGCUCCCGUGAGUGUGUGCGACGCUGUGCGUGCUCCCGUGAGUGUGUGCGACGCUGUGCGUGCUCCCGUGAGUGUGUGCGACGCUGUGCGUGCUCCCGUGAGUGUGUGGGGAGCGGUAGUCUAAUGCUGAGCAUGCUGCGCUACCAACCUGGCAACCCGAGUUCGGUUUUCGCUCACGACCAACACCAGUAACGAUUAUCAGACGUGUCCUGGGCCUCCCUUAGGUCAACUCAGCCUUAAAGGAGUACCUGGUGCAGUGUGUUAACAUUCCCACUGGGGAGACAAAGGUGGCCAGCCGUGGUGCUGGCUACCCACCCCCCUUCGUGUGCUUUUUCGGCCUUCGUAGGCACUGCUUGCUAACAGCACUUGCCCCAACAGUCUGUUCCCGGACAUCUGUGAAGCAGAUAUUUAUAGGUCAUCGGGUUCCUCCAGUAUAAAUAAAGAUUCUUAUUCAUAAGGCUAUACAGGGGAUCGUUGUCAUUGUUGUGUGUGUCUGUGUGCGUGCGUGUGCGUGUGCUUGCCCCCGUGUGUGUAUGUGCGCAAUUGUGGGGACUCAUUAAUGCCCCUUCCAACAAGCAAGCCAGUAUCAGGACUCAAGCAUGGGGAAAUCCCCAAGGUCUUAUGCAGGUUUGGAAAGCAACAGCCAAUUUCAAGUGCCCUUUGAGACAACAGAUGGCCACCCUUCAUCCGGAAACAAUAAAAUAAGCAGCAAGGGGGACCGUCCGACCAAUAUCAGCCAGCUGAACUACACAUACACUCAAUCUACAUUACAGGAGUAUGAUGCAGAUGAUUGUACACUUGAAGACCACAACUCCAUUCUCGAUGUGGAAGCAGCGAACCGAGAACUAAUGGAGCACAGUGAGGAGCUGUUCGACUCCCUCAUGAGCUGUCACUGGCAGCCAUUGGAUUUUGCCCCCAGCAAGCGAACGGCAGCUGGUUUGGACACUUGACCGUGCAUUGGCUGGGCUCAACACCAAUCCAAAUGCAACACAACACGGCACAGGAAAAUCAGUCUAUCCUUGUACCUAACCGUACGGCGUUGUGUGUUAUAGGUUGCAGCGGGAGUGUUUUAUUUUUUAGUAACGUGAUGAACGAAUGUUUUUGUGAUUACCCCCUCCCCUUCUGACAAUGCUCAUUGUUAUUGAGUCGUUUGUUCCAGUCUGGGUAUUGACUGACGAUCAAGCACAGGUUUUUUUUUUUUUUGUGUGAAAAUUGUGGGUAGAACGAUUCACCGCCGAAGCAUUUUGUUGAAUUGUAACGAUUUGAGGUCGCGAUUCAUAAAGUUUUUCUUUACGUUUUGGUGAAUGGUGGUGCCUCCUUAUGGCUACAGGAGCAAUUUGAGCCCAUUUUUUAUCCAACGUCGGGCAGUAGCUAUGAUCUAUCUACUGCUGAAUGAAGGCCUACCCAAGUAAUUGUCCUUCAUUUUCGCUUCACGAAACCACAAUCCAUAAAGCUUGUGCACACAAAGUAAUUUAACUGCUCUUUCCACUAGGUGGUUGCAUAAUCGGACAUGUUGCCGUCUUUGGCUGCCACACAGUCAAUAGUCAUGACCACCUGCCACCAUCCGUUAUGGCAGCAUGUCCUGCCUGAGCACAUUUAAUGGUCAAUAUGAUGCCUCUAACUUCUAUGUUUUCUGAUCCUCAUGUUCCUCUUGCUGUCUUAAUGCAAGUCCAAUCAUGAACCUCUCCAUGCAUUUUUGCACUCUCUUCAGAUGUUCCAUUUUCUUUGUCCAUGUUUCUGAUUCAUUUCACAACAUGUGUACACUAUCUAAAAACUGUCUUUGGGAAGAUUGAGAUGUUGCUUUUCAUUAUCAUGAUCUUGAUCUAUCCACAUCCUAGUGCACACAGAAUGACAUCUUGAAAAAUUGCGACUAAACAUUCAGAACUCUGAAAGCUCAUUAUUACUCUUUUUUUAACCCAGGAAAGCCUCACCCAAAUGUCAACACUCUUGAGGAGGGUCCUGCAAAAUUUUCCGAAUAGGGGGUGAUUAUUCAAAAAGGGGUAAUCCCAGUGAAGCAGUUUUCCGUCAUUGUGUUUGAGCAAUACCAAAGUGAUUAUUUUUUUUACUGAAAAGUUUUCAUGGGUUUUGGGUUGCAGCUGUGAUUUACAAGUCGGUUGUAAGUGAUGCAGAAGGAUGACAACUAUAAAGGUUCAAUUUAAAUAGUAAAA